AUGAAGGGUCUAUCAAGCAGCCGCAGCCACCACCAUUUGGUCACCUGUGACCCUGGUUCCUAUGAUGCCCUAGGCCAUGGUCACCACCCUGACCGCAAGCCCUACCUGAUCAACCAGAUGGACAUGCCAAUGUCCCACCCCUCUGACCACCCCUACUACACCCAGGUCCAGAGCCAGCAUAACCAGAGGAACCACACUGCCUUCCCCUCAGACAGUAGUGUGGUGCCCUAUGGGACCUUCCCCAGACGACACUACAGCAGCUCACACCACGAGCUGAAGGAUCGGAUGGGGAUGGAUGAGUGUGCUGUGGUGCCCUAUGGUGUGGGUGUUGGUGUGGGUAACAUGCUUCCCAACAAGGGCGUCAACAUCCGCCUGCCAGUCAACCUGCUGGACCAGUUUCAGAGGCAGCCGUCGUUCACCAGGGAUGGCUACCACACGCUGCAGUACAAGAGGACGGCUCUGGAGCAGCGCAACGACAGCCCCGGACGCAUCCGCCACCUGGUCCACUCCGUCCAGAAACUCUUCGCAAAGUCCCACUCCCUGGAGGGGCCAAACUCCAAGCAGGGAAGCAUCAAUGGCAGCAGGAACAGCCCCGACAGCGAGACGCCCCCCACGCAGAAGCACCGCAAACGUAGCAAGAGCAGGGAGCGCUGCAAGUCGGCUGAGCCCAAGCACAGGAGCCCCACCUCGGGGUACUGGAGCUCAGACGACAUCCUGGAUGACCGAGACGUCUGUCACAGCCUGUUGCACAGCCCCACCGGAGUCAUGACCAUGGGCCGCCACCCGGACAAGUCCCAGUCGCAGUACUUUAUGGAGGCCUACAACACCAUCAGUGAACACGCCCUGAAAACGUCGCGCAGUAAUAACGACGUAGUAAAACACACCUGUGUCCCCUCUCAUAUCCCCAUAAGCAUGGACGCCCAGCUCAUGAAGAAGAGCUUGUGGUCGUCCAGUCUAACGGUGAGCAGGGCUCGCCAAGUCUACCAGAAGGCCUCAGUUAACUUAGAUCAUAAAGCACUAGUGAAAUCUGAGGCUUGUCAGCAGGAGCGCUCAUGCCAGUUCUUGCAGGUGCCACAGGACGAGUGGAGUGGCUUCUCGCCUCUGGGGGGUAAGGAGGACGACAUCCCAUGUCGACGCAUGCGCAGCGGGAGCUACGUGAAGGCUAUGGCCGAGGAAGAAGACAGCGAAGACUCGGAAGGAAGUCCAAAGCCAUCGCCAAAGGUCCAGGCCCAAGGUCGACGGGCCAGCUAUCUCAAAGCCACCCAGCCAUCACUGACUGAAAUGACCACCUUAAAGAUCUCCAACGAACACUCUCCGAAGCUGCAGAUCCGGAGCCACAGCUACCUGCGGGCGGUGAGUGAAGUUUCCAUCAAUAGGAGCCUGGACACCCUGGACCCCAAAGGGCUCCUGGACCCCAAAGCGCUGCUCUCCUCACCCCAAUACCGCUCGCGAAACGAGAGUUACAUGAGGGCUAUGAGCACCAUCAGCCAGGUGAGUGAGGUGGAGGUGAACGGGCAGAUAGAGCAGGUGUGUGAGCAGGUGUACAGUGAGAUGGAGUCGCAGGCCAUGGAUGCGUUGGACCUGCCCAUGCCGAGCUGCUUCCGCAUGCGUAGAAACAGCUACGUGAGGGCCAUGGACCAGGGCUGCUCAGAGGAUGACGGGAUGUCCCUGCUGCCCUCCUCACCCCCCAGGACCACCACCACCACCGUCAGGACCAUCCAGAGCAGCACAGGAAUUCUUAGAUUGCAAGAUGCAGUAGAUGUGUCAUCAUGCAUCACCACCUAUAAGAAGACCCCUCCCCCGGUGCCGCCCCGCACCACCAUCUCCAAACCCUUCAUCUCCAUCACAGCCCAGAGCAGCACCGAGUCGGCCCAGGAUGCCUUCAUGGAUGGCCAUGGCCAGGGGAACAGGGACAGCCACCCCCGGGGAGACAUGACCGUCCAGUCAGCCCUGUCCAACUCCACGGAGAGCAUCGACAGCAUGAAGGCCCUGACGGCAGCCAUCGAAGCGGCCAACGCCCAGGUCCACGGCCCCGCCAGUCAGCAUGUCUCAAACAGCACCAUAACCAUCACCACCACCUCUGCCCUGGCCCAGAUCACUGAGGACAGCAGGAAGGAGCAGGCCAGGAGGGCCAAGUGCCAGCUGUCCAUCGGCAUCCAGGUGGACGGGCCAGAAGAGGAAGCUUUGGAGAUGGAGGACCAGUCCACGUUCCAAUCAAUUGGGGUCCAGGUGGAGAACGAGAGGGGAUACCGGCGGCUCACCCGCUCCAACAGUGUAACAGCCGCAGUACAGGCUGACCUGGACAUGCCUGACAUGUUAGACAGCGCCCUGGACUCCUCAGAGACAGACCUGCCCUCCUCAGUCUCUGUGUCACGCCAGUACUCCCGCGACGCCGCCACCUCGCCAGCCUCUGCCUCCACCGUCAGCAUCCAGGGCUCGGGGAACCACUACCACGCCUGUACCUCAGACGACUAUGAUGACGUGGGCUUCGACCCGUCCAUCCUGCCCCCGCCCGAUCCCUGGAUCGACAGCUUGACCGAAGACCCCCUGGAGGGGGUCCAGAGGUCCGUGUGUCAGCGGGAUGGGCGCUGGUUCCUCAAGCUACUGCAGGCUGAGACAGACCGCAUGGAGGGCUGGUGCAGACAGAUGGAGCAGGAUGAACAGGAGAACGAACUGCCUGAUGACGUCUUGGGGAAAAUAAGGCUUGCUGUGGGAAGUGCUCAGCUCCUGAUGUCACAGAAGUUCCAGCAGUUCCGGGAGCUUUGUGAGGAGAACCUGAAGCCCAACGCCCACCCGCGGCCCAUCUCUCAGGACCUGGCUGGUUUCUGGGACAUGCUCCAGCUGUCCAUCGAGAACAUCAGCCUGAAAUUUGACGAGCUGCACCAGCUGAAGGCCAACAGCUGGAAGCACCUGGACCCCCCGGAGAGAAAGGAGAAACGGAUCCCUCCUCCUGUGCCAAAGAAACCCCCAAAAGGUCAGCCUCCCCUGGCCCGAGAUAGGUCCCUGGAGAGCUCCGAGAAGCAGAGGCUGGAUGCGCGAAAGCGCUUGAUGGCUGCCAAGCGAGCUGCGUCGGUGCGGCAGAACUCAGCCACCGAGAGCGCAGACAGUAUCGAGAUCUAUAUCCCCGAGGCCCAAACCAGACUAUGA